CAUGCUACAGACGCUAAUAUAUAUAACACUCUAUGGCUAGAACUACUUAACUCAGGAAUUAUGGAAAAAGGAGUGGAAAAAGGAACUUAAAAUAUAAUGUAUAUUUUUGUAAAAUAUUUUAUCUAAAUGUUUUAUAUAAUAUACAACAGUUAAUCAAGUAAUGGUAAUGUAGGCCUCUGUACAGUCCUCUACACUCCUCUGUUACCCAUGUACACUCCUCUACACCCCACUGUCACCCAUGUACACUCCUCUACACCCCUCUGCCACCCAUAUACACUCCUCUACACCCCUCUGUCACCCAUGUACACUCCUCUACACCCCUCUGUCACCCAUGUACAUCCCUCUACACCCAUCUCUUACCCAUUUACACUCCUCUACACUCCUCCACACUCCUCCGUCACCCAUGUACACUCCUCUACACCCCUCUAUCACCAAUGUACACCCCUACACCCUUCUGUUAUCCAUGUAUACUACUCUGCACUCCUCUGUCACCCACAUACACUCCUCUACACCCCCAACACCUCUCUGUCACCAAUGUACACCACUCUGUUACCCCCUACGCCCCCUUUCACCCAUUUACACCCAUCUAUCACUCAUAUACACUCCUCUAAACCACUCUGCCACCCAAGUACACUCCUCUACACCCCUCUGUCACCCAUGUACACACCCAUGUACCCAUGUACACUCCUCUACACCCCUCUGUCACCCAUGUACACUCCUCUACACCCCUCUGUCACCCAUGUACACUCCUCUACACCCCUCUGUCACCCAUGUACACUCCUCUACACCCCUCUGUCACCUAUGUACACCCUUCUAUCACCCCGUACACCCCUCUUUCACCCCCUAUGUCCCCCUGUCACCCAUGUACACUACUCUACGAUCCUCUGUCACCCAUGUACACUCCUCUACACCCCUCUGACACCACUCCUUUGUUACCAUGUACACUCCUCUACGCUCCUCUAUCACCCAUGUACACUCCUCUACACACCCAACACCUCUCUGUCACCCAUGUACACCCCUCUGUCACUCCCUACGCCCACUGUCACCCAUGUACACCCAUCUAUCACCCAUGUACACUCCUCGACACUCCUGUUACCCAUGUUCACCUUUCUGCUACCUUUUUACUCGUCAACUUUGGAAUAUUCCUAAUCUCUGUACCUGAGAUAUGGUUGUGUUAUAUAUAAAGCUGUCCAUAGACGAUAUACUUAUUAAAAACACAUAUAUCUUCAUGUAUACGGGAAAGAUUAUGACAUGUCUGCAGGUCUAGAUUUUACAUCUAGCCUGAUUGUUAUCAGUAAUUAAUAUAA